GAAGCCAAUGAGAAAUGCGCUUAGAGACCCCGGAACUAGAAGAACAAAUUCAGUGGCGGGAUGUUUAGUUGUUGCUCCACGUUAAGUAAAUUUGAUUAGAUGUGACACACAUUUAGUUGGAAAAUGUGCGAGAAGAGCAAAAUCGUGAGCCAGUGGCUCAGGAAGGUGUUCGGGCAGCAGCCGGUACCAGAAUUUGAGGUGAACACACGCACAGUGGAGAUUCUGUACGAGCUGGCAGAGAGCAGUGAGACGAGAUGCAGAGAGGCUGAGCUGCUCAUCAAGGACCACGAGCAGAAAACAGAAGAGUAUGGCAGUGAUGGAACUCAUCUCCAAGAAGUGCUUCUCCAGGCGGUAGGACUUCAGGCUGGAGGACUUUCCAAACCCGCAGUGGACCUGCUGUCGGCACUGGAGGGAACCGCUGAAGUGCUUAAACUCAGAGACACAUCACUUGGGAGCUAUAUGCCUGCAAUCAAUAAACUGACCAAUGACGCGCUGGAGGCAGAGAAAACAGACCGGAGGUUGCAGCGGGAACUUACUGCUGUUAGAACGAAAAUGACUGCCGCAGUUGUUCUUCGGAAAAAACUUCAGGAUGAUCUGAUGAAGAUCACACAUACGCAGCAGGUGGAAGCAGCUACAGCGGAGGAGAGGCUUCUUAACAUGGACUUCAUGAAGAACAAAUCCAGAGAUCUCGCCUGCAGGAAUAAGAUUGUGCAGGAAAAGCUGGACUCACGGCAGAUGGAGGAUUCUCUUACCCAUCAGGCCAUCGUACAGUUAUCAGAGAAAAUCACAGCUCUGAAAGAGGAAUCACUACCCUUGAAGAAGAAACUAGAGCCGUAUAGUGACUUGAGCCCUUUUUGUUUUUUAGAGUCCAGCUCUUGCACGGGUGAAAAUCGAGGAGGCUAAACGAGAGCUGGCUGCCCUGGAUGCCCAGUUGGAGCAGAAAGUGGACUUCAUGAACACUUUAUUUUGAUAAUUUAAAAUAUCUAACAAAAAGCGUGUUAAUAAAUGUGACUGUCAAUGUAAUAAACGCAAUUCCUCUCCGA